GAAAUGGUAUUAAACCUCCACACGUCCACGACCUCGACAAUCGGUAUUCCGGAUCAACAACACGCGACGAUUGCUUACUGCUCGAGGCCGCAAAUAAAACCCACCCGCAAAAACCGAGCGCCUUUUCGCACGCGAGGGUAACAAACAAAAAUGACGACCGCGGGGAAGAUCAAGAAGAACAGGAGACUACUAUCGCGGACGAUGAAACCACAAGUCUGUUGCGACAUCAUGCAGUUGAUUCGUUCUUGCCCGCCCC